CCCAAAUACAUGGUCAAGCAAGGCUAUCCGCGCCCAACUGUAUUUGCGUGAUGGCUUGGCGGUCGUAGAGAGGUGGUAAGAGGGAGACGACACCGGUCACGGUGUGGACCAUCAGUCAAUGGAUGACAGCCCAGCAUUCGGUCGCAACCGCAACUUGCGCCAAGAGAAAACACCACUUUUGGUCAACGUUUACCCUCGACCCUCGGGUAAACCAAGCAUUGUUUUUUAAUGUUGAUAAUAGCAACGGGGUGGCUAACGUCAUUUUUCUAGCUUCAGAUGUUCGUCCGCUCUUCACCUGGUGCUGAAGGAAUGUGUGGGUUGGAAGUGUUAGGACACAUCUAGUCUCUGCUCAGAGAGAACACAUCUAGUCCACCUCUGCUCAGAGAGAACACAUCUAGUCCACCUCUUCUCAGAGAGAACAUAGCGCUGUGUCUUCCACACACUGCCUGCCUGGGGAGGCCAGCCACCACAUCCUCAGAGCAUUGGAUGCAGCUGGGUCAAAACCAGAGGAGAAGAGAGAAUGGCUUUCUGUGGUGCUGUGAUGAUAAGAGGAUAACGGGGCCAAGCACUGAGGGCCCUGAGGUGGACAGACACAGUUGAAGCAGCAGGCCAGGGUUGAGCCAGGCAGGCAGUGGGCACCCACCGUCCAGGGACCAGGAGCCAUCAUUUCUCGGGUGGUGUGGCCGGCGCGGAGGAGGGGCGCCGUGCGGAGGCUGGGGGCACUCUGGAUGAUGACCAGCCUGUUCCGCCGCCGCAACAGUGGUAACCAUGGUGAUGUGGCGUCACACAGCGACAGCCCAGUCCCAGCUGAACUCAACAACGGUAAUCCCAGUGGGGGUGGGCGAACGGUGCGGCGUCUGGAGUUCAACCAGGCUAUGGAGGACUUCAGUACUAUGUUCCCCAGCAUGGAGCAGGAGGUGAUAGAGUGUGUGCUGCGGGCCAACCACGGAGCCGUGGACUCCACUAUCGACCAGCUGCUCCAGAUGAGCCUGGAAGGACACGGCUCUGAUGACGGCUCCGACUCAGAGGACAGCAUCCCCCCUGAGAUCCUGGAGCGGACGUUGGAGCCGGACAGCUCUGACGAGGAGCCCCCGCCGGUCUACUCUCCGCCCUCCUAUGACAUGCACAUCUACGACAGGAAGUACCCAGAUCAGGUCCUGCCCACAGCAUCACCACCACCCAGCUUUGAUGCCAGUCAAUCCCGUCCCUGCCAGGCCCCUCCUGGUACACACCCUCCUGCCAGUCAAAGGCAGAUUGGAAGUUACAGGAACUGGAACCCACCGUUACUAGGCAACCUCCCUGAUGAUUUCCUCCGGAUCCUGCCUCAGCAGCUGGACAGUCUGCCACGUUCUCACAGCAGCCUAACGCCGACUAGUCUGACCCAGCCCUCCUGCUCUUCCUCCCUGUUGUCCAUGACGCAGCAGGUUGAGCCUGGGGCUGGGGCGGCGGCCAGGGCAGGCCAGGUUGGCAUGGAGACGGACCAGGAGAGAAAGCUGAAGCAGUACUUGGAGGAUGAGCGCAUAGCCCUCUUCCUGCAGAACGAGGAGUUUAUGAGGGAGCUGCAGCGCAACCGCGAGUUCCUCAUCGCCCUUGAGAGAGAUCGGCUGCAGUAUGAGUCAAAGGCAUCCAAGUCCCAUCAUUCACCAGCUUUCAUGGGGACGUCCACUCCAGGAGAUAAUUGUGCCUCAGGCUCUGGGGAGGCCUGCACCAAUGUUACAGAUGACGCCUUGUUCCGUGACAAACUCAAGCACAUGGGCAAAUCUACGCGAAAGAAGCUUUUUGAAAUCGCUAGAGCUUUCUCUGAAAACACCCGAAGAAGAAAAACAAAAAGGAGGGCCCUCAUGAAACAUCAUUCACUGGGUAAUGCUGCCUCCACUGCCAACCUCUUGGAAGAUGAAGAAGCUGGACACCUGAGUGAGGAGGACAGCAUGCUCAAGAGACCAGGCCCUCAGGAAGAGGAGGUGCCCCAACAGGAAGUGUUAUCAUGAGUUGUCAUAUAGUUUUGUCUGUGACAAUGGAAGAACAAUAUGGCUCACACUACCCUCUCCAUGACCUGAACCAGCCUGUCCCAAGUCCUUUGGAAUAUUACUACCUUCAGAUGAAAUUUCCCAGUUAUGAAGUCGUAAGUCCUGUUUUAGAAGUCAGAGCAAUUCUUCCCACCAAUGAGAUUUCAUGUAGCGCGAUGAGCUAGCUAAUGAUAAAGUUAGCUAGCUUGCUUAACUUUGACAAUAUGGUAAACUAGCUAUUAUCCACAUUGAUAAGUUUGACAGCGUCAAACAUUCAUUUGCUUUAUCAUCUUAUGGUUGAUGAAAGGUCAAUGAUGAAACGUCACAGCUCUUAAAUUGGUUAUCUUCUCUAACUUUCACUCUUGGAAUUCCAACAUGGGAGGAUUGUUCAAGUGCUUAUUUCCCAGUCGGAACAUCGUAUUUCCCACUUGAGUAGCAUUUGAAGGCAGCAUAUUGCUCUUUUGAUUUCAUGUUUCAGAAAUCAUCAAACUAGCUAGUUAGGCACUUUUUAAAAUAUUUAAGUUAUAUGUCAAAUGUAUUGUUAUUGAUGGUGAUACAGUAAAGGCACAAUGAAAGCUGGAGUUGUAAUUCUGAUAGGACUCAGGACCCUAGUGCAUUUUACUCUCAUAUGAAUGGAUUUGAACAUGUCUAGCUCCGGAACAUUCAAACAGUCCAUGUGUGCAACACGGAAUGUUCUAGUUUAUGCUUCCCCCAAUGCAAUUAUAUUCUCCCAAUCUGAGACUAUAUUCUCUACCAAGUUGUCUGCCUUAAGGUUCAACAACAAGGUCCAGAUAGGACGUUUUCUCCCAUUGAUCUAAUGGUACAGUUGAAGUCGAAAGUUUACAUACAUUUAGGUUGGAGUCAUUUAAAACUAGUUUUUCAACUACUCCACAAAUUUCUUGUUAACAAAUUAUAGUAUUGGCAAUUUGGUUAGGACAU